AUGCUCGCGGAAUGGCGGCGAUUCGGCCACCGCGCGCUUGUCUUCUCGCAAACUCGGCGGAUGCUCGAUCUAAUUGAGAAUUUUUGCGAACAGACGGGAUAUGUGUACAUCCGCAUGGACGGCCUAACAAGCCGAGAUCAUCGCCAGGUCCUGAUGGAUCGCUUUAACGAGGACUCCGAGAUCUUCCUUGCGUUGUUGACGACAAGGGUGGGGGGGGUGGGGGUGAACCUCGUCGGCGCCGAUCGCGUCGUGAUUUUCGACCCGGAUUGGAACCCGACGACCGACCUGCAGGCGCGUGAGCGCGCCUGGCGGAUCGGGCAGACGCGAGAGGUUUGUAUUUAUCGCUUACUCACCGGAGGGACGGUGGAGGAAAUGAUACUGCGCCGCCAGCUCGCGAAAACAUACAUCGCGGAUAAGGUGCUAAAAAAUCCAAACCUCCAGCGUUUUGUGCACUCGCCAGACGGCCUCGCGGAGGGGCUUUUGCUCGGCCCCGAAUACGCGGAGAGGAUCCCCUACGAGAAACGGUACGUGCUUGCAGCCGUUGAGCUCGCCGAGGAUCCGACCCCGCUUAUCCAUAAUCCGGAAGAUCAUGCUAGUAAUAACACAAAUACCCAUAAUACUAAUACUAAUAAUAAUACCUCUAGUGGUGGUGGUAGUUAUCGGGAAAUGGAUGAGAUCAAUAGCGCCGCCACGUGUAGCGAGAUCCCAAGCCCAACUCCAGAGGAUCCGCCAAACGCAAGGGAGAAGGAAUUUGGGCAUCUGCUUUGCGUGAAGGAAGGUGUGGGAGCAGCAGGGUCCGACAAUGUUCAGAACGGCACUCAUAAUCCUAGCGGUGACCCUCUCCAUAAUGGAAAUGAAGAAAAGGAAGAUAAUUCGGAAACGGCUUUGUUAAAGCGCUUGUUGUAUGGCGAAGAUGUGGAAAUUUCAGCUGCAGAUCCCACCAUUCAGAGGCUUGCACAAAUCAAAGCGGAACAAUCCAUUGCGCGAUUAACCAAUACAGAAAAUGGAAAGAAAAAAGAGGAAGACGAAAAAAAUCGUAUGCGGUUUAGCCUUGUAUACGCCGCGCAAAUGCGUUCGGAAAAGAUGAAAGAAGAUCAACGUGAGCAGAGGAGGUUUUACAACGAGUAA